AUGGAUGGAUUUGUGGGAAGUGGUGCAAUACAUGCUAUGAGUAGUGCUCACUUGAGCUUUUUGAACGUAAAAUUAAAUAAGGAGCAUAAUGAAGUAUUUCUGCUUGCAAAUGCAUUAAGGAGGUUGGGUGCUGGAGUUGAACGAACUUUUCUCAUGUUUUCCUUACAUUUGGCAAGUGUAUCUGGAAUUUUGGUUCUAUAA